UUCACUGGAACUAAGGGGCCUAGCCCCAACCAUUUAAAAACAGCCCCAGACCAUUAUUCCUCCUCCACCAAACUUUACAGUUGGCACUAUGCUUUGGGGCAGGAAGCGUUCAUCUGGCAUCCGCCAAACCCAGAUUCGUCUGUCGGACUGCCAGAUGGUGAAGCGUGAUUCAUCACUCCAGAGAAUGUUUUUCCAAUGGUGGCAAGCUUUACACCACUCCAGCCGAUGCAUGGUGAUUUUAGGUGUAUGUGCGGCUGCUCGGCCAUGGAAGCCCAUUUCAUGAAGCUCCUGGCGAACAGUUAUUCUGACAUCUGUCGUUGCUUCCAGAAGCAGUUUGGAGCUCGGUAGUGUUGUAACGUAGGACAGACGAUUUUUACACACUACGUGCUUCAGCACUGGGCGGUUCCGUUCUGUGAGCUUGUGUGGCCUACCACUUUGCGUCUGAGCUGUAGUGUCUCCUACUUCACAAUAACAGCAGUUAUAGUUGACCGGGGCAGCUCUAGCAGUGCAGAAAUUUGACGAACUGACUUGGAAUGAUGGCAUCGUAUGACGGUGCUAUGUUGAAAGUCACUGAACUCUUCAGUAAGGCCAUUCUACUGACAAUGUUUCUCUAUGGAGAUUGCAUGAUUGUGUGCUUGAUUUUAUACACCUGUCAGCAACAGGUGCGGCUGAAAUAGCUGAAUCCACUCAUUUGAAGGGGUGUACACAUACCUUUGUAUAUAUAGUGUAUAUUUCCUUAAUUUAUGGGCUAGAGAUUGCCAUCCAUAAUCAAGAUUUAUAUAUUGAUAACCAAAAAAAACAAUGGCUGAAUGGACCCACAGCAGGCCCAGUAUUUUCCCUUCCAAAAUACAUUGAAAUCAAGUAAUUUAGCUAGAUGAGCAUAACAGGUCAUUUUACAGAGACUCUUGAUGAGGUGGAGGUGAAGUGUUCUUUGGAGAACAAUCGAUUUACACUGUGUGAGUGCGAGAAGGGGAGAGGAAUUCCGCUGAAGAGGGCAACCUUUUGCCCCUUCAAGUAUCUGUCUGUCGCAGAGGCAGCUGCAAUCCCAUUGGAUGUUCAGAGCCGCGGAGUGGACGUGGGGGUUGCUAUUCUUCUGCAGUCAGCCAAUCAGAAGGUGUUGUUAACUCGACGGGCGUCCAGUCUCCGCAUUUUCCCCAAUGUGUGGGUUCCACCAGGUGGCCAUGUGGAACUGGAUGAGAGGCUCCUGGAUGCUGGGCUGAGGGAGCUGAGGGAGGAGACAGGACUGAAGCUGGACCCUGGAGACGUCUCAGCUCAGCUGCUGGGGCUCUGGGAGUCAGUUUUCCCGCCCAUGCUGAGCAGAGGGAUGCCACAGAGGCACCAUGUGGUCACCUACAUGCUCCUAAACACCUCCCUCACACACCAGCAGCUUCAGGCCUCUCUGCGCCCCGAGCCCGCUGAGGUCAGUGGCUGUCUGUGGGUGGACGCCUCGCUGGUCAAGGCCAUCGUAUCCUCUGUGGACGGAGAGGAGGGUUCUGUGACACCGCUGGAGGGCGUGGCUCCAACCAUAAGUGUAUCGGAGGUCUCUCCGGAAGGUGUGCUCAGUGAGUCAGAUUUGCCAUUGUCUGUUUUGUGUAACCGGGCCCCGAAUAGCGGAGAGGAUGUGGAGCGGGUUAGCACUGGUACCAAAUACGCCCUGGAGCUCUGGCUUAAGAACCUGGAGGGACAGGGGACCCGAUGUUAACUGUCUUCCCUAAACCUGGAUGUCUAGCCCUGUGAUGAAGUGACUUCCUGGAGGAUGACAUCACUUCAAGGAGUUUGCCUUAACCGGUGAAGGUCACCUAAAGUGAACUAUCAUCUUUCAAAAAAAUCUUGUACGUAUUAACCAAUAAUGAACUUUGGGUGAACUAUCCCUUUAAUAUCAGCAGCAACACCUACAAGUCUUAUAUGGCUGUUUGAGGGCUUUGCAUGAGCUAUCAAUUGUGUUGUGUGUAAGAACAGUUUUUAUUGCAAGGGUGUUGUUAGUGAUGAAAUGUUAUGAACAAAGUGGAUUUAUACUGCAGAUGCUUUUAUGAUCAUUAUAUUCCAUUUGCGCCUUCAAGCCACAAGAUGGCAAUGCAUAGCCUACACAGUGAUUUCACAUUUGGAGACUAGUGUGAAACAUCAGAAUUCUUAUUUAAGUUUACAUAAUUAUCUAGACUUGUAAAUAAGAAUGUGUUCUUAUUAACUGACUCGCCUGGUUAAAUAAAAAUGGAUACAAAUAUUUUAUUUUUCUAACUGAAAUUAUUUUCCUCAACCAGCAUAUUUACUAUUAUUAUUAUUAUUUUAUUUUUUACUAUACUCAGACAGAAGUUAGGUCUCAAGUUAGUUAGGUUAGGUCUUCAUUGUGAAUAUUGUGUUGUACUUUCAACUGAAGAUAGUAAAUAUUGGAUGUUUGCAGUGAUUUAAUAAUUCACAUUUAAAGACUACAUUUUUAUAUGCCAUGA